AGUGCACCGGGCACGCCGCGCCAGGCUGGGGGCAGGCACCGAGCCUCCGUGGGAGGUCCCGAGGCCGCUUCGCCUGCUCGCCCUGGCUCCAGCCCUCACCUGCCGCAGCCUUAGCUGAGCAGCCGCCGCCACUGGGCGCCCGCCGCUCCCCACUUCGCCAGCGCCCGCUCCUCGGCUCGGCCCGGGGUAGUUUGUAGGGACGCAGCUCUCCACGUGCGCGACUGCGAGGCUGGACGCUACAGGCUCCUGGAAAGGAGCAGACACCAGCAUUUGCCACAAUGCUGUCAUCCACUGACUUUACAUUUGCUUCCUGGGAGCUUGUGGUCCGCGUUGACCAUCCCAAUGAAGAGCAGCAGAAAGACGUCACACUGAGAGUAUCUGGAGACCUUCAUGUUGGGGGAGUGAUGCUCAAGUUAGUAGAACAGAUCAACAUAUCCCAAGACUGGUCAGACUUUGCUCUUUGGUGGGAACAGAAGCAUUGCUGGCUUCUGAAAACCCACUGGACCCUGGACAAAUAUGGGGUCCAGGCAGAUGCAAAGCUUCUCUUCACCCCUCAGCAUAAAAUGCUGCGCCUUCGCCUGCCGAAUUUGAAGAUGGUGAGGUUGCGAGUCAGCUUCUCAGCUGUGGUUUUUAAAGCUGUCAGUGAUAUCUGCAAAAUCCUGAAUAUUAGAAGAUCAGAAGAGCUUUCCUUGUUAAAGCCGUCUGGUGACUAUUUUAAGAAGAAGAAGAAAAAAGACAAAAAUAAUAAGGAACCCAUAAUUGAAGAUAUUCUAAACCUGGAGAGUUCUCCAACAGCUUCAGGUUCAUCAGUAAGUCCUGGUUUAUACAGUAAAACCAUGACCCCUAUAUAUGACCCCAUCAAUGGAACACCAGCAUCAUCCACCAUGACUUGGUUCAGUGACAGCCCUUUGACGGAACAAAACUGCAGCAUCCUCGCAUUCAGCCAACCCCCCCAGUCCCCAGAAGCACUUGCGGAUAUGUACCAGCCUCGGUCUCUGGUUGAUAAAGCCAAGCUCAAUGCAGGUUGGCUAGACUCCUCACGCUCCCUUAUGGAACAAGGCAUCCAAGAGGAUGAGCAGCUGCUCUUACGAUUUAAAUAUUAUUCUUUCUUCGACUUGAAUCCUAAAUAUGAUGCUGUCCGAAUAAACCAACUCUAUGAACAAGCCAGGUGGGCCAUUCUCUUAGAAGAAAUUGAUUGCACAGAGGAAGAAAUGUUGAUCUUUGCAGCUCUACAGUACCACAUUAGCAAACUGUCGUUGUCUGCUGAAACACAGGAUUUUACAGGCGACUCCGAGGUUGAUGAAAUAGAAGCGGCGCUUUCUAAUUUGGAAGUAACCCUAGAAGGUGGAAAAGCGGACAGCCUUUUGGAGGACAUUACUGAUAUCCCUAAACUUGCAGAUAAUCUCAAAUUAUUUAGGCCCAAGAAGUUACUACCAAAAGCUUUCAAACAAUAUUGGUUCAUCUUUAAAGACACAUCCAUAGCAUACUUUAAAAAUAAGGAACUCGAACAAGGAGAACCACUAGAAAAACUAAAUCUUAGAGGCUGCGAAGUUGUGCCCGAUGUAAAUGUAGCAGGAAGAAAAUUUGGAAUCAAGUUACUAAUCCCUGUUGCCGAUGGUAUGAAUGAAAUGUAUUUGAGAUGUGACCAUGAGAAUCAAUACGCCCAAUGGAUGGCUGCCUGCAUGUUGGCAUCGAAGGGCAAAACCAUGGCAGACAGCUCCUACCAGCCAGAGGUCCUCAACAUCCUUUCAUUUCUGAGGAUGAAAAACAGGAACUCUGCGUCUCAGGUGGCUUCCAGUCUCGAAAACAUGGAUAUGAACCCAGAAUGUUUUGUGUCACCACGGUGUGCAAAAAAACACAAAUCCAAACAGCUGGCCGCCCGGAUCCUGGAGGCGCACCAGAACGUGGCCCAGAUGCCCCUGGUCGAAGCCAAGCUGCGGUUCAUCCAGGCGUGGCAGUCACUGCCUGAGUUUGGCCUCACCUACUACCUUGUCAGAUUUAAAGGAAGCAAGAAAGAUGACAUUCUGGGAGUUUCAUAUAACAGGUUGAUUAAAAUUGAUGCAGCCACCGGGAUUCCAGUGACAACAUGGAGAUUCACAAAUAUCAAACAGUGGAAUGUAAACUGGGAAACCCGGCAGGUGGUCAUCGAGUUUGACCAAAACGUCUUUACUGCUUUCACCUGCCUGAGUGCAGAUUGCAAGAUUGUGCACGAGUACAUUGGCGGCUACAUUUUCUUGUCCACCCGCUCCAAGGACCAGAAUGAAACACUCGAUGAGGACUUGUUCCACAAAUUGACCGGCGGUCAGGAUUGAAACAAGCACGCGUGCUCAGCUCACACCAACAAGGCAAGCCAAAGGCGCCCCUCCCCAGAGGGAUCCCUAACUUGCCCAGCAUGUAGAUUCUGGACUAACAGACAACAUACAUUCAUCGCUGGUCACCCAGAUCCUCAUUCAAACCCACUGCUGGCACAUCCCUUUCCUUACUUUGCCCUGUGCUACCAGCCACGGAAGGAGCCUCUCUUGUUUUUUCUAUAAAAUGGGUAGGCAGGAGAAAAGCAGGUGCGCUAAGAUUGCUCUAAGGCCCAGCAUGUGGUUACAGUUCUCUGACUUGCAGAACCUGCCAGGUGUAUGGCUACAAGUUAUCCUCGUGCUGAUCUGUCUCAUUACUAAGUCAAAGGAGAAGACAGAAAGGUAAAAAUCACGUGUAGCAAGAACAACUCUUAUUUCACAAACUCAGGUAUGAAACGAAACGCCUUUCCUUCAUGGAACUGCUUUUAGCUCCUGUCUUUUCAAAAUGGCAGAGGGAGUUCCUACACACACUUUUUCCCUGGAGGCCAAGGUCUCGGGGUAGAAAGGGGAGGGGUGGGGCUACCAGGUAGCAGUUGACAACCCAAGGUCAGAGGAGUGGCCCUCAGUGUCAUCUGUCCACAGUGUUACCUGCCAAGAUGACCACUGACCCACAUCUGGUCUUAGUCAUUGGUCUCCUCAGAUUUCUGGGGCCACCUGCAAGCCCCAUUCCAUUCCUACAGAUCUCUCAGCCACCUGUAAGUCCUUUGUGAAGAUGUGGGUGACACAGGGGGACAGGAAAACCCAUUUCUCAACCCAGAUCCAUGUCUCAACUGCUUCUACUCUGGGUUGGGAUUCAGGAAGACAGGCACAGUCCUCUCUGUUCAUAGAAACACCUGCCAGCGUCAAGGAUUCCAGUCAGGUCUCUAUCCCAACUGGUCAGGGAGAGAAGGGCAGACCUAUUCUCAAAGACCACCAUGUCCAAGGUCUGACAGCUCCCCACUGGCUGCCCCCACAGGGGCUUUAGGCUGGUCUGGGUCGUGGGGAAGCGUCCCUCUUACCGCUGGUCUGUGUUCUCCUGGAUUUGGUAUCUAUGUUGGUACGACUCCCGGCCUUUUAUCUAAAGGCCUUUGGCUUUUGUAAAUCACAAGCCAAUAAUAACUUUUUUCUCCCCCUCUGUUUUUUGCUGUGUCAUCUCUGCCUUGAGACUGCCUUGAGACAGUGCUUGCCUUGAGAGAGUGAGCCAAUUAACAGCUGCCUGAAUUGUCAUUUUCCAUUUUGGUUUGUUAGAGGGGGGAGGGGUGGGUUUUGAGAAGGUCAAAAGCAAUACCAGAAGUAAAGGGAAAUAUCAGGCAAUAUUUUAUUUUUUCAUAGAUGUUCUGCCACACAAAGAACUUGGGGUGUAAGGAUAAGGCAAAAGCUCCAAUCCCAUUUUUCAGUUCUCCUAGGAUGCACCCCUCAGGGAGCCUGGCCAGAGUUCCGAGGCCCGUGAGCGUCAGCUGUUGCUUUAUUUUCCAUCAAAGCCCUCAGAAGUGAGACCUCAGCAAUUCCGGGAGCCACAUAGAGACAGACUUGGCAAGGGACCCCCUGGUUCUGAGCCAGUAGCUGCCAUCUGGAAAUGCCUCUUUUAGCCUCUCCUCAGAGGUGAAUGUGAAUGAAGCCUCCCAGGCACCCGCUGAAUUUCUGAGGCCUUGCUUAAAGCUCAGAAGUGGUUUAGGCAUUUGGAAAAUCUGGUUCACAUCAUAAAGAACUUGAUUUGAAAUGUUUUCUAUAGAAACAAGUGCUAAGUGUACCGUAUUAUACUUGAUGUUGGUCAUUUCUCAGUCCUAUUUCUCAGUUCUAUUAUUUUAGAACCUAGUCAGUUCUUUAAGAUUAUAACUGGUCCUACAUUAAAAUAAUGCUUCUCAAUGUCAGAUUUUACCUGUUUGCUGCUGAGAACAUCUCUGCCUAAUUUACCAAAGCCAGACCUUCAGUUCAACAUGCUUCCUUAGCUUUUCAUAGUUGUCUGACAUUUCCAUGAAAACAAAGGAACCAACUGGUUUUAACCAAACUUUGUUUGGUUACAGUUUUCAGGGGAGCGUUUCUUCCGCGACACACAGCAACAUCCCAAAGAAAUAAACAAGUGUGACCAAAAGAAAAAAAAAAAACCUAAAUGCUACUGUUCCAAAGAGCAACUUGAUGUUUUUUUUAAUACUGAGUGCAAAAGGUCACCCAACUUCCUAUGAUGAAAUUUUAAAUUAAUGGGCACCUUUCAACAUCAUUUGCUUCCUUAUCUACAGUUGAUUCAGAAAUCUGCAUUUUUUAUUCUUUUAUAUGACUUUUAAGUAAAAGAUUUAUAUGGA